UUCCUCCGUGCGUGCGUGCGUGCGUGCGUGAGUGUAUGUAUAUGGGCGCGUGCGUGCAAUCACAUUAGUAUCGUCCUGGUGAGUGGUGGUGUGUGCGCGCGCGCCAGAGAGUGGUGUUUUUGUUUUGGGCGAGGAGGAGUAUCAUCAUCGUCAUCGUCAUCAUCAUCAUCAGCAGCAGCAGCAGGAGCAUCAGCAGCGCCACCGUAAUCGUCGUAGUAGUCGCCGUCGUCGUCGUCGCGUGAUGACGAAAUAUAAUUGAACGUAUUUCGCUGGAACAAAAAAAGAAAAAAAAACUAAAAUAAAAAUACGUUCGCACACGCGCGCGCGUAAAGCAGUAGUAUUUCGCGCCGCGCACGGUUGUACAUAUACAUAAUGUACAUGUAUAUAUGUAUAUAAUACAUCAGUAACAAUAAUAAAAAAUAAUAAUAAUAAUCUCAUCACACACGAACGCGUGUACGCGAGAUAAUAAUAUUUUUGUUGUUUCUGUUUUUUUUUUUAUCUCGAAAGUCUUAUUCGCAUGGAUACGUUUUAUCCGAGAUUUUAUCAUUAUAUAUUUUUCUGUUCUCUUAAUUCCUUUUUCCUGCGCCGGACUGACUGAGUGCUUCUACACCGCGGUAAAAGAGGCGCGUGCGACCGAAAAGAGGAUCGGACAAAGGAGACGCACACACGCAAUUAAAUAGUCGCGCCAAGAGAUACGACACGAUGCGCGUUCACUAUCGUCACGGACGCAGUGACAACAAUAACAACAACAACAACCAUAACGACAAUAACAGCAGUACGGUGGUGUCUGCAUCCAACGCAUCCCGGAUUUUCGUCUGCGCACGUUGUUCUGAAUCGCACUAACAUCAGAGCAGUCGAAUAACCAUGCUGAAAGACUAGGUACUAAUCAUACCGAUACUAUGUCUUUGAAUGGAUCAGAUGCAAAGAAACGCAAGCUGUUGAACAAUGAUGAAGCCAUUCUCGAUUCGAGUACAAAAAAAAUCAAGGUACAAGCUCAGCGUAAAUUUGCUCAAAAUGCUGUGACACCCAACAGUACUCCGCAGAAACCUAUUCAGACUCCUGUGGUACCUAAUAAUUCAAUAAAACCACCAAUAAAACGACCAAAUACAGAGGACUUUCUGACUUUCCUUUGUUUUAGAGGUACUAGUUUACUACCACCACGUCUAGAUUUUUUUAAUAAGCCUCAACGCUCUCUAUCAGCACAUGAAAUUGCUGUUGGAAAGAAAAGAAGAAAAAGUACUCCUAUACUGCCAGUAACUAAUGUGAAUAAUAUAAAUAAUGUUAAUGUUGUAAAUAAUGAGCCAAGUGAAAGAAAAACCAUAAGACAGUUACCACAAACUAAGUAUCCGUUAUCUAAGUUAGGACAAAAAGUUAUUGGUCGUAAUCUGGUAAGAUCUAGUUCAAGGUAUGCUGUAAGACAAGAAGCUCUUACUUUGCGUCAAUUAUCCCUUCGCCAUGGUUCUAAAAUUAAAAAACCAAAGCUUAAAGUUAAAAAACCUCUAGUUGAAGAAAUUGUCAAAAAAGAAACAAAAAAAAAUGGAAAACAAGUGUCAUUAGAUGGUAAGCAAUUACAAAAAUUGAAAGGUCGUAUAACACGAUCAAAUUCUUUACCAAGUAUAUUUUGUCCUGCAAUAAACCAACUUCGAGAUGAUAAAGGUAAAUGGUGUAAGGGGGACAAUAAACCUUCUUUAAAAACAUCGGAAGAUUCAAAGGAUUCAGAUGAUAUUGAAGAAGAAAGACCAUCGAGAAAAAAGACUGCAUCAAAUUUAAAUCAUAGAAGUAACAGUCUUGGUAAUAUAAAACAAAAGACUAGUCUAGUUAAAGUAACCAACAAAAAUGACAGAAAAACUAGAAGUUUAGCUAGUAAACAUAAGAAUAAUGAUCAAGAUAAUUAUGUCAUUCCUGAUAAGAAAUAUGAUAAGAAUUUAAAGACUGUAUCUAAGAGUAACAAAGCUAACAGUUUAAUUGAAACAAAAUUGUCUUUUGAUGUGAAAAGAAGAACAUCUUCUGUAGAUAACAUUAAAACAAGCCAUGAGAAUAAAGAUUUAUCGAGUUCAACUCGUUCAAGACCUCCUAGGAGAACUAAAGAAGCUGCUACUUUAUUUAUGGAAAUGUUACGAAAAGAUAUGCGAUGUGCUGAUGAGCAAGAAGAUGAAACAUCAUCCGUGGAAAGUUUUCCUGAUCUUCCAAAUACACGAAUUAACGAACAACGUGAACGUGAAUUGAAAGUUUUUUCUAAAAAGAACAAAAUUGAAAAACAACAGGAAAAACAGCGGCUUGAAAAUCAGGAUGAUAAAUCUUCAUUAUUAGUGCUUGAUAAAAAAAAUGUAGUAGAAAAGAAGGUUAAAGAAAACAAAAAAUCUGAGAUUAAAACAUUUUCUAAAAAAAAAAUCAAAAAAAUAGCAGAGGUGUUGGUCAAUUCUGAUAAUAAUGGAACAACUUCAUUCAAAAGGAAUCUAAGGCCUCGCCGUUCUUCUACCAUGCUGGACGAUUAUAUAAUAACUGAUUCAGAAGAGGAUUAUGAUAAAUUUGAAUUCAUAUCCGAGGUAAAUAAAAAUGAAACCCCCAAACCAUCAAUAAAAGUAACGACUGCGGGGAUUUCUAAAAUACAAAAUCAUAUAAUUAGUACUGAGGAAUCUGCAAAAAAAAAUUUUAAAAUUAAUAAGACUGACUUGAAACUGAAAAAAGAUUUGAAUAAAAUAGAUUCUGAAAUAAAAAAGAGUCUUUCUGAAACUAAGUCAAAAAAUAUUUUAUUAAAAUACGAUAAAGAGCCUGAAAUCAAGAAAAAUAAAUAUGCUACUGUUGACCAAAAAAUUGAGAAAUUGUCAAAAAAUAAGACUGAAAAUGUAGUAAUUACUAAAGAACCAAAAACUUCUGACAAGGGUUUGAAAAGUGUUGGGAAAAAAGUGCCACUUUCUAUUAAAUUGCAGCAAAAGUCAGCAAAAAAGGAAAAAGUCUCAAAAGAUAAAAAAUCUAAUUUAGAUUUAUACAACAAUAACAAUAAAAAGCCUUCUACAACAUUGUCAUCAUCGGUUGUAUCUUCUUCGUCUUCCAUAUUUAGUGGUAUUACUAGUCAAUCAAAAGAAGAACUUCUAGAGCGUAUGGCCGCUAAUUUUGAUGCCAAAUCUACUGCCUGUGAGGACACUAAGAAAUCUACUGUUAAGAAUGAAACUUCUUUGAAAAAAGUUGAGGACAAUUCUAUUGCGUUAGAAAAAAAAAAAGAAAAUGAAGUUGAAACAACAUUGCUGCAACAAUAUGAGAGCUACAUUCCUACAACAGAAAUAUUAUUUCGAGAAAAGAAAGUUGAAAAUAGCAAUAUAGUUUUAGAAAAAAAAGAAAAAUGUGAUACCGUUGACAAUAAAAAAGAAGACCAUAUUGUAGAAAAAUUAGAAAGCAUAAAAGCUGUUGAACUCAAACAAGAGUUGAAAGUAGUUUCAAAAACAGAAAAUAUAGUAGCAAAAGAAGAAAAUGUGGCAACCCCUAGAAAAGUGGAAAAUGUAGUUUUGGUUGUUGAUAGGGUUGAAAAAACCGAAUCUAUAAUGGUGCCAUUCAAUAAAGUGGAAAAAGUAGAAAACAUUGUGUUUCAGACCAUUGCUAAAGAUUUAUUUCUUGGACAACAAAAAGAGAUCAAAAUCACCAUGCCUGAGUACUUUUCAGGUAAAAACUUUCAGGUUCCUAAUAGAUUUAAACAAGACGAUGGCCUUUCUGUAUUAUCUGAAAUCUGUAGUGCCUUACCUAGAUUUAAUGAACCAUUUGUACCUAAUGGUCAGCUGAUAAAUAAAUAUCCAACUACUAGUGAGAGUAGUUUUGUAAAGUAUACAUCAUCCUCAAUUAGUAGUGAUGAGAAGAAAGAAGAUAAAUCUGUUUUGUCAACGUUGACUCCACCAUCUUUUGAAAGCCGUACCAUGAAAAUGGUUAAUCUGGCUAGGGAAAACAAAACUGUAACUAGGACAAAUGACAAAAAAGAUUUGACUGCAUCGUGGAGGCAGGCUUUUAAAAAUGUAAAAUUGCCAAAAAACAAUCUUGCUUUAGCUUCCUAUUCAUCUGGUAACAAUUUGAUCUCUUGGACAAAGAAUAAACAUGAUGACAAUCAAACAUUACCACAGGUUUGUACUGAUAAUGUGGAUGGCAAUAGCAAUGGUGAAGUAAAGGAAAUCAUUACAGAUAAUGAUUUAGUCAAAACCACUUUUCAAUCAUCUUUGGUCAAUGGUAGUACAGCUGAAAAUAAAUUGGAAUCUUCUCAACCGUGCCAAAAGACUUAUUGUAGUGAAUCAAAAACAACUGAUGUGUUGGAUAGUAAAAAGACAGUGGCUAACAAUGCAUCAUACUUGGCAAAAAGAACUUUACUGAAUAGUACAAAAUAUGAUCUAAAAUUUGAAAAACAUUCUGCAACAGCAGUUGUGCCAACAACUGUUUUAGUUACUGAAGAAAAACAACAACGUAAAGACGUAGUUAGUGAUGUAUCGUCUUCAGAUGAUCUGAGUCCAGAAAAAAAGAUCUUUCAUCAACGUCGAUUAUCCACUAAUCAGUCGUGCAGCGGAAACAGUUCUGAUGCAUUUUCUCCAGACAAUGAGACAAGUGUUUAUGCUUUUCAACCCGAUUUACCAGUAGCUAGUACUCCUUUCCGCCGAAAUAAACCACAGUCACCCGCCAAGUCGAGAACAGUUUCACCAAACACAUCCAUUGCUGUUAGUAUAGAAAAUGAUUCUAUGGAGGAGAAAUCUCAUCAUUCUACUGUAUCAUCAACAACGGACGUUGACAGUGAGGAAGGACGGCUGUUUUACAUUCCUUUGCCAGCUGGAGUUCAAGCUCAACCUUUGAUCCAGGGAGUGACAGUCAAAUUGGGCACACAAGGACCACAAAACAAGUUAGUAAUGAGUGCCAAGUUAGUCACCAAACCUCCAGCAUCCACAAUACCAGUCAGUUCCAUAUCACCAAAACUGGAGCGAAAAAUUAAGCCACUGUGUACAAACAAAAUUUCCAACAGCAUGACACCUGUCGGUACUGUACAGCCAACCACUCGAUCUGUUCAACCCACUAAGAGUACUCCCUCAACUUCGAAACAAGUGUUACCAUUAUCACUACAACCAGAGAUCCCGGAAGUAAAAGAUGAAAAGAAACGGUUACAACAAGUUACUAAUAUUACUGCCACAAAAAAUAACACUUCUAAGGAAUCAAAAAAAACGUCAGUAUCAUCAUUAUCUUCUGUCUCUGGCUCUGAUAAUAAGAAAUUUAAAAAGACUGAAAAACACAUUAAUAACAAGAGAAAGUGCAGCGAAAAAUUAGCUUCUAAGAAAAAAGAAUGUGCAGACAUGAUGGAUGCACCAACAUUUUAUCCGUCUGAGGAAGACUUUAAGGACCCACUUGAGUACUUUGAAAUUAUUAAGCCUGUUGCCCGAAAAUAUGGUAUAUGUAGGGUUGUACCACCUCCUAGUUUUAAGCCUGAAUGUAAAGUUAGUGAUGAUAUGCGGUUCACGGCCUAUAAUCAAUUUGUUCACAAAAUGAUGAAUCGGUGGGGUCCAAAUGUCCGUGAAAUGAUGGCGAUGAAGAAAUAUUUAAAAACACAGUCCAUAGUAUUUUCCAAUCCCCCGCUUAUUGGUGGCAUGGAAUUGGAUUUGCCUAGGCUUUAUCAUACUGUCCAAGACCUUGGUGGUCUGAAAGAAGUGAUAGAGUUGGAUAAAUGGUGUCGUGUUGCAGACUUGAUGAAGAUACCCAAAAGUGCCCAAGACCGUGUCUCGAAACUUGAUGAUAUUUACUGCAAGUAUCUGCUACCCUAUGACACUCUUUCACAUGAGGAACGACAAAAAUUAAUUGCUGAAGUUGACAAAGAAUGGAAACAGGUCUGUAAAAAAGGUGACUCUGACAAUGAACUGUUUGAAGAUGUCAGUGAUUGUAUAACAAAGGGUCGUAGUAUUGCAUUGAGUGCUUAUUAUCGAGUGGCUCGCAAUACUGUUGCCAUGUGGUUCAAAGAACAGCAACAACAACAGCCGCAGGGUAGUGGUAACUCAUCUCUGGCAUCUAAAAUGGGUGCUGCUGCGGUCCGAGCUGAAGAUGUUGAAUCUUUUUAUUGGAAGCAGGUGCAAGAGAAGAAGAAUCAUAUAUGUGUCCUUUCAGGUUCGAUAGACUCAGGCGCUGAGGGUUAUGGGUUCCCGACGUCUAAGACUGCCACAUUUACCAAACAUCCUUGGAAUCUAAAGGUUUUGACCAAUAACCCAGUAUCUGUGCUCAAGUCUCUUGGUCCAGUUAUGGGCAUGACUGUACCUACCAUACACAUGGGUAUGGUAUUCUCAGCCUGUUGCUGGUACAAAGACCCACAUGGUUUGCCAUGGAUUGAGUACUUACAUACAGGUGCUGAUAAGGUGUGGUAUGGUGUGCCAUCCUCCCAGAGUGAUAAGUUUCGUGCAGCAAUGAAACGGCUGUUGCCGCGAGCUGUUGCUGAGGGACAAAACCAUCACACUUGGUUGGCUGCUGAUAGUGGCAUGGUGCCGCCUGAUCGCUUACUAGAGCAUGGUGUUACGCUUACUCGAACUGUGCAGAAUCCAGGCCAGUUUUUGAUUGUUAUGCCACGAGCUUAUACAUGUAAUGUGUCUACUGGAUAUGUUAUAUCGGAGAGUGUCUACUUCACUCAGUCUGGUUGGCUUAAUGAUUCAGAGAAAAUUUUUCAGGAUUUGCAAAGAAAUUGUGAACCAGCUGCUUUUUCAUAUGAAAAGUUAUUAAUUAACAUGUCUAUGGAUCCUCGUACACCUCAAAAAUUACUAAAGCAGCUACUAAACAUAUUAAGCAACAUGAGAGAUUGUGAAGUAGCACUCAGGAGUCAGCUAGUAGAAGAUUUGGGUUUAAAGGUGUCUGAACGUAUUCGGCCUUUGAAAUCAAGUGAACAAAAUGAUGAUUAUGAGUGUGACGUAUGCCAUUCAAUUCUUUACAUAUCAAUGGUAAACAACUCUCAUGAGGAUUGUGACUAUUGUUUGAGACACGGCAUUGAAAUGUUAUCGAAAAAACAUAAUCAACUCAAGUAUUGCAAGUUUUUAUAUACUUUAGAUGAGAUGGAAUUGGAUUCAAUAUUGGUGAAACUGCGUGAGAGAAUUGAUUCAAAGAAAAAGAAGACGUCUACCAAAAGUUGAUGACUGAGGAUGAGAUCUUGUUAUCCCUAUAAAUCUAAGCAAGAAAACAUAAUACAAAAUAAACUCACUGUUUUGAACUUAUAAAAAAAAUUAAUAUAAAAUGCUUAGUUCUUUUUCUAACAACAUAUUGCAAAUUAUGUUGUU